UCACCAAGGAGUCGCGAGCUCUCAGACGGUCACAGUCCUUCUGGCGAGAACGAGUCCUUCCGGAGAGCAAACAUGUUGCGAGAGAAAGGAACGAGGCUGCUGCUUGCGCUUCUUCUCGCCACCGCGGCGGCGGCAUCAAGCGAAGGAAACUCUGAAAGCAUCUGCGACUGUGAAUGUUGCGUGAAGCCACAUCCAACCGAUUGCACUGCGUACUAUUACUGUGAGCCUGGCCAUCUUGCCAAAUACUUCACCUGUACAGAAGGUUUAGUAUUCCACCCAGAGGUACGCCAGUGUGUUCUUGAAGUCCAGUACCCUCAGUGUCAAGUGGGCAGUGGUGAUGAGGAUGAGUGCGACUUCACAUGUCCCAAUGCUGAAGGCAUGUAUGCUCACCCUCGUGACUGCAACAAAUGGGUUUACUGUUCAAACUCAGAAGCAAUUGUUAAACAUUGCCCGGAUAACUUACAGUUUGAUGCAGCAAAACAAAUUUGUGACUGGCCUAACAACGUUCAAUGUACACAACAGUCUGAGGGUACAUGUGAUCUUAUUUAUGUGGAACCUGAGCCUGUGACGCCUGAUUCUGGAAAUGAACCUUCAGACAGCUGUGACUUCACCUGUCCAGAACAAGAGGGAAUCUACGCUCAUCCUCGUGACUGCUCCAAAUUUGUAACUUGUGCUAGCUCACAGCCAAGCACAACAAGCUGUGCUCCAAACCUCGUUUUCAAUGCUGCUAAGAAGGUCUGCGACUGGUCUGAGAAUGUAGAGUGCACUUCUGCAUCUGAUGCUGAAUGUGUUCUUACAAUUGUGGAGACAGUCACUGAUGCCCCAGUAACUGAAAGUAAUGGAGAUAACACUGAAGACUGCGACUUUGUUUGCCCUGAAGUUGAAGGAAUCUACGCUCAUCCUCGUGACUGCUCCAAAUUUGUAACUUGUGCUAACUCACAGCCAAGCACAGCAAGCUGUCCUCCAAACCUCGUUUUCAAUGCUGCUAAGAAGGUGUGCGACUGGUCUGAGAAUGUAGAGUGCACUUCUGCAUCUGAUGCUGAAUGUGUUCUUACAAUUGUGGAGACAGUCACUGAUGCCCCAGUAACUGAAGGUAAUGGAGAUAACACUGAAGACUGCGACUUUGUUUGCCCUGAAGUUGAAGGAAUCUACGCUCAUCCUCGUGACUGCUCCAAAUUUGUACGUUGCGCUAACUCACGGCCAAGCACAGCAAGCUGUCCUCCAAACCUCGUUUUCAAUGCUGCUAAGAAGGUGUGCGACUGGUCUGAGAAUGUAGAGUGCACUUCUGCAUCUGAUGCUGAAUGUGUUCUUACAAUUGUGGAGACUCCGACAACGACUGCCGCACCGACAACAACCGCGCUCUCCGCCGACCGCCGCUCCGACAACAACGACUCCGCCGCUCCGACAACAACCCCCGCUCCGACAACAAAACAACCCCGCUCCGACAACAACCCCCGCUCCGACAACAACCCCGCCUCCGACAAAACCCCCGCUCCGACAACAAUCCGACAACAACCCCCGCUCCGACAACAACCCCCCGCUCCGACAACAACCCCCGCUCCGACAACAACCCCCGCUCCUACAACAACUCCCUCUGGCGAAUGCAACUUCGCAUGCCCAGAGAAAGGACUGUAUCCUCAUCCACGUAAAUGUUCAGAGUAUGUUUUUUGUGACAACUCAGUGGCCGAUGUUCGCCAAUGCCCAGCUGGUCUUCAUUACAAUCCAACAAGCAAGAACUGUGACUGGCCUCAGAAUGUAGCUUGCAGUGAUAAUGAGGAAGCAUCCUGCACCUUAUCUAACCCUACAACUCCACCAAGACUUCCUAAUCCAAAUAAGCAAAUUUGUGACUGCGAGUGUUGUCUGAAGGCCCAUCCUGAUGAUUGUACAUCAUAUUAUUAUUGUGCACCUGGAGCCGAUGCACAGUUCUUUGCCUGUUCAGAGGGUCUAGUGUUCCACCCGGAAUUCAAGCAAUGUGUCCUACAAACUCAGUACCCUCAGUGCCAGCCAGAAGUGCCACCAACAUGUGACCCAACUUGCGAGUGUCUUUACCCAUCUGAAAUCUGUUCAGAGUAUUUCAAAUGUAACAUGCAAGGAACACCCAUCAAGUACGAGUGCACUGGAGGCCUUGUCUUCAACAACAAUACCUAUAGCUGCGACUUUCCUCGGAAUGUACAGUGUUCUGAAACUCGUCCCAAGAGAAGCCUCACCUACGACGAUGCUCCUCAACAGUAUGUGACAGCUGAAGAAUGCAAGCAGCUGGAGGGUAAAUUCGCAGUGGAAGGCAACGCCAGCGCUUACUACCUUUGCUCUCACGGUACUGCUCACCUCAUGCGCUGUCCCGACCUCGCUGUAUUCAGUUCCGCCGCCCAGGACUGUAUCUUCAUGAAGUAGAAUCGACGUGGAUUUUCCCAACUUAAUUUUAUUAUAAUGAUACCUUAAAAAUAUAUUUAUAGAAACUAGAUUGCAUGGUAUAGAAA